CCCUGCCCAGCACAGGGAGCCUGGGGCCAAUCAGCUCUUCCAAACGAUCAAAUGUCACCAUAAGUUGAGAGCUGCAUCACCUUGGGACGCUCGCAGAUCCCAGCCUGCCCGUCCCCUCCGACAGGAGCUUGGUGCUUCUCUCCACUCCUUCUAGAAACUAAUUGCCAACAUGUCUGAUACCGAGGAAGUGGAACAAGGAGAGGAGGAGUACGAAGAAGAAGAAGAGGCUCAGGAAGAAGAAGCUCAGGAGGAAGAAGUCCAUGAACCAGCAGAGGAAGCUCAUGAGGAAGCCAAUGAAGAAGGCGAAUACAAUGAUGAGGAGAAGCCCAGAAUAAAACUAACUGCUCCUAAAAUACCAGAGGGUGAGAAAGUAGAUUUUGAUGACAUCCAAAAGAAAAGGCAGAACAAAGACCUGAUUGAACUGCAAGCCUUGAUUGACAGCCACUUUGAAGCCAGAAGAAAGGAAGAGGAAGAGCUGGUUGCCCUCAAGGAGAGAAUUGAGAAGCGCAGAGCUGAGAGAGCAGAGCAGCAGAGAAUCCGGGCUGAGAAGGAGAAGGAGCGUCAGGCAAGGCUUGCGGAGGAAAAGGCAAGAAGAGAGGAGGAAGAUGCCAAGAGAAAAGCUGAGGAUGACCUGAAGAAGAAGAAGGCUCUGUCCUCCAUGGGUGCAACAUACAGCAGUUAUCUGGCUAAGGCUGACCAGAAGAGAGGGAAGAAGCAAACAGCUAGAGAGACGAAGAAGAAGGUCCUGGCUGAGAGGCGCAAGCCCCUGAACAUUGACCACCUUAAUGAAGACAAGCUGAGGGACAAAGCUAAGGAGCUGUGGGACUGGCUAUAUCAGCUGGAGACUGAGAAGUAUGACUUUACAGAGCAGAUCAAGAGGAAAAAAUAUGAGAUUGUCACCCUCAGAAACCGGAUCGAUCAGGCCCAGAAGCACAGCAAGAAGGCAGGAGCCAAGGGCAAGGUUGGUGGGCGCUGGAAGUAAAGAACCAGGCAGGAUGGCCUUUAAUGAUGUGCUGAACCCCUGCUGGUCUCCUCUUUCCUCCUUCACCGAUCACUUGUGUUCUCAUGCCUUAAUGAUAACAAAAAUCACAUCAGCCUGGAUUGGCUAUUGCUGCUGCUUUUCUUCCUGGAGGGGUCUGGUGGCUUCCUCAGGCAAGGGGAAGCAGGUUCCCUGUGGAACUGGGAUGACUCCUUGCUGGCAUCUUCAAUUCCUGCUGAGCAUGUCCCUUAUCCUCCUGAUACCAGCCCUAUGCUGUCCUGUAGAUUGCUAUGUACAAAUCUUUGGAUUUUGUAAAUAAAGCACAACCAGUACCUACUCCAA